AUGCAGAAGAGCCAGGGACCCAAGUCCACGGCGCGGCGGCGCCCCCUGCGCGUCCUCUCCGGCAACAGGACGCCCCACGCUCCCCCGCCGGGGUCCCUUCGCCGCAAACCCGCCGCCGCCGCCGCGCCCGCCGCCGCCGCCGUGACCCCCUCCGCGUCCGCCGCCACGGCCGAGCCGGCGCUCGACCGCCUCCUCCUCGCCAGCUCCGGUCUCGCCGGCCUCGUGUCCCAGAUCGACGAGCUGGUCUCCAGCGCUCUGCAUUGCCAGAAGAUAUCCAGAAGAGGGGAACAAGAGAUCGAAUCCUUCAGCGCCUUCCUGUCAGACACCAACUCUUCUUUGAAGCAAUGGUCUUCGAGACUUAAGCAAGCGCUUGAAGCUUCUCCAGCCAGAACUGAGAAUGCAUCCAGGAAACCCGUGGAGGUCUUUCCAAAAUCUGCUGCAAAAGGGAAUGACAAGUUGUUCCCCAGCAACAGCAUCUUGCCCCAAGCAGGCCCGGCAACAUCAACUUCGCACAACUUGGUCUGCACCAGCAGCAACACCUUACCUGAGACCGACCUGAUUGUCUCGCCUUCACCGCUUGUUUCAUGGCGUACCGGGUCAUGCAUGGUCGAGAGUGGGAAGCAGUUAUUUCUCUUGACACCAUUGCCAAAGACAAAGGCAGGCUCAUCUAGGUGCCCAAGAUCAUCCAAAACGCAGUUGAAGACUGCUGCCAGCAUGGAUGAGCUGAAUCUUCCCAAUUUGCCUGUUUGGAAGCUGACCAUUUCUGAUGACAAUCGUCCUGAUCUGGAGCAAAGCGUGAAGGCAAAGGAAGCAAGGGCUACUGCGGCGACACCUCAUCUUAUUAAAGCGAAGCAAGGCUCAUCGGAAGACGGUCUGUCUUCGCCUUUUAGUUUCUCGAUUCAGAAGAGCAGGAUAGCACUGCCUAGUCCAUGCCUGAAGACAGCAUUGCGAGGCAAACAACGUGUGUUCUCUCCAAUAUCAGAGGGAUCAAGCAAGGAUGGUGUUCUCAGUGCUGGAGCAGCUGAGAGUGACAACAAGCCUUCUGCAGCCUCUGAUGACAUGUUGUCUGAUGAAAAGGAUCUGGCAUCAAGGUAUCCAGACAUGUAUGGGUUUAAUCUACCCGCUGGAGAUAUACGCCGAAGGAGAGAAGCUGAUGAGGCUCUUGACUGGUUUUUGUCACCCCCCAAGACCUGUGUGUUAAUGGAUCCCAGUCCAACAGAUGAUAAGCCUAUUCCAGUUCCAGCAAAGGACACUCCUUGGAAAGGUCUGGAAAGCAAUAAAAUGAAGGGGCGACAGGAACUUUCAGAUCACAAUUCCAUCCAAACUUCAACGGUGCAUAGGAAGGCCUUGCUUGGUACUCCCCGGAAAGGUUUGGAAAGUAAUAACCUGAAGGUAAGGCAGGAAGUUCCAGAUGACAAUCCCAUCCAAACUCCAGCUGUGCAUAGCAAGGCCUUGCUUGGUACUCCCUGGAAAGGCUUGGAAAGCACUAACCUGAAGGGAAGGCAUGCUGGUGAAACCACACUCAAGAAGGAACUCUGGACUAGAUUUGAGGCGGUCUCGACUAACGAUUUGCACUUCGACAAGUCAGUCUUCCAGAAGUCAGAUGGAAGACGUUUCAUUGACAUGCUCGAGGAGGAAUCAUGA